UCCUGAGUUAAUCUGCUGUGGCAGCCACUCACAGUGGAGCCUUAAAUCCAAGAACCAGCGCUGCCGAGAGAUACCCAGAAUAGUUUACGCUCAAGUACAUCCUUCAUGAAAAACAAGGAUUCACUUCGGAAGGUUUUUUGUGAGUGUAUGUGGUUCAUCUUGGAAGACUCAAUGACUCUAUGCUUUGUGCUGUAGCAAGACUUUUAAAAGUGCAUGUGUGGAGGGGGAUCAAGGAGGAUACUUUUCUCCGGUUGUACCUGUAAUGUUGUUGCGCUCUAGUGGGUGUAGUAUGAACAGAUGAAGAGUAGAGCAUCUUUUGGACGGGAGUUAAAUGUUGCACAGACUCAGGGGGCUCAAGGUUCUUUGGCUACAAGGAGCUGCAGGCAACUACUGUCACGGCUGCAUUUUCUCAGCCUCUCUGCACAUGGAACCUAGGAAUUAGUGUUUUCAGACUAGAGUGCGACUUUAAAAUGGCCUGAAACGUUCCUGCAGGAGUAGAAUUGCAAUCUCAGGAUAUCAGUCACGCUUCUAAUGGAUGCACCUGAACUGGUUCACACCAUAUCCUGCAGGGACUACUAGUUCCUCUAAUGACCUGUUGGAAUGCCUGUGAGCAAUGAUUAGCUGCAAAGAGGGGUAUUCUCUGAACUUUUUGCAGUAUGUUGAAGACUGUGGACUAAGAGCAUAUAACAGAUUGGUCACGCAGAACAUCGACUUGUGGAAUGAGAAAAACAGGUUUAACUUUCAGGAGAAAAACGACAAGAAGCGAAAGCAGGAAGAAGCCAUUAAAAGGGGGGAGGAGGUGGUCACCGAGGGUAAGCACCUACGAAUAGGCUCCAUGCCGGCCCCUGUGGAACACGUGUCCCCUCACCAGCACCAGCCCCCCUGCAACAUUGGUUUCGCAGUUCGUUCACAGUCCCUGCACUCUGUGGGGGGAGGGGAAGAGGAGGGCAGCCCUACAUCCCGCAAACUGCCCCCACCCAAACCACGGCGGGACCCCAACACCAAACUCAGUAUCUCUUCUGAAGCUGUGGACCUCAGUCCGACCAGCUGUAAAGGCGAGCACUCAGACAGAUGUGAUGGAACACAAGGCUGCAGUGAGGACUGCAGGAAAGUUCCCCCACCAAAGCCCAUGAGGAAUCCCAACACGCAACUGAGCACUUCCCUCGACGAGUCUUACAUUCGCAAUCAUGGCUCUACAGGUUUACCCACCAUGCCCUACACAAGAGAUAGCCAGGCUCCAUCUCCUCCCCAGCCUCAGGGCCCACAGCAGGACUCAGACCUAGAUGAACCUGUCUAUAUUGAGAUGUCAGGGAACGCCGGCCGAGAAACAACCCCUUGUGUUUUGGACGAUGAACCGGGUGAGGCCGUCUACGAAGAGAUGAAGUACCCUGCCCUUGAUGAGUAUGACUCACGUUGGGAUCUUGUGAGCUGUCGAUCACAAUGUUUCACACCCUUCCCACCUGAGGUUGAUAGCCACACCUCUCUAAGCCGUUGCACGACUCCUCUGAGCAUGGCUCUUUGUGACAUUCCUGCUCCUUUCCCCAACCUGUUGUCCCACAGGCCACCUUUACUAGUUUUCCCUCCAGCCCCUGCUCAGUGCUCGCCCAACUCGGACGAGUCCCCACUCACCCCUCUAGACAUGACAAAGCUGCCCAUGUUGGAAAAUUCCCCUUACGGCAAGUCGCCAACCUCAUCCUCUUUAGAAACUUCUGGCUCUGCUUCUACCUCGCACCUUAGACGAGCUGAGAGGGAGCUAACGGCCACUCCUACAUUAACAGUGUCGGGGAGAUCCUCAGCGCCUCCACUGCCCUGUGCCCUUUAUAAAAGCUCACCCUCUUCACAUGGUUAUCAACGCAGCUACUCAGCCUGCCCCUCACCUGUCAGCAUAGGCCGCUGCCUGACGCCCCUCAGCCUCAUGCGGUCUCCACCUUUUGAUGGCCCAUUCCCUGGAGCUGGCCUUCCUCGCAGCGCGUCUGCCACACCUCAUGGAAAGUGCUCACCACCUCAGGAUUCUGUUCCAGGGGGACGCCAUCAUGGCUCCAUGCAGAAUGUCUCAAUGACACGCUCACGGACGCCCACUAGCCCACUUGAUGAGCUCACAAACCUUUUCACCACUGGCAGGAACAUGCUGAAAAAGAAUACUAGUGGCAGGAAGAGCAAGGAGCCAGGAGAAGGUGAAACUAAGGGAAGGGGCCACAGCUCUGAGUCCAAAAGGGAGCACAAGGAGAGGAGCCAUCACAGCAAAGAAUCUAAGCGAGAUAAAGACCGUAGCAGCAAUGGAAAGACUUCGCAUCGGCGAGAGAGCAAAGACAAAGAGCUGAAUGGAAUCGAAGCCUUAUCUCGACAUGACAGCAAGGAAUGCGGCUACGGUAAUGUUGAACCAUUAACCAGAAGGGACGGCAAAGACAGGGGGUGUAACGGUCCAGAGAAUGCUCCUCGACAAGAUAGCAAAGAUAGAGGCAGCAGCACUGAGGCAAUGACUCGACGGGAUAGCAAAGACAGGGGCUACAUCACUGCAGAACCUUUUCCCAGAUGGGACAGUAAGGACAGAGGCUGUAAUGCUCCGGAUCUCUUGCCCAGACAAGACAGUAAAGAACUUCUAAGAAAUGGUCUAGAGACCAGACGUGACAGCAGGGAGAAAAUUUGCUAUGGGAUGGAACUGCCUCCGAGACAUGAAAGCAAGGACCUGGGUAUAACUGGGCCGGAAUGUCAACAGGAUAGUAAAGAUGGUGGAAAGCAUGACAAGGAAUCUGGUAAGGACAAGGUGAAGAGUAACCACAGUGCAGAGAGCCGACAGUGGACCAAGGAAAGGAUCAGCAGUGGCAAUGAUGUAGUGACCAGAAGGGACUGCAAAGAUAGGGGAGUUCACACAAAUGAUGCUUUACCAUGGUAUGAGGGGAAAGAUAGCACAGAAUCACCCAAAGAACAUGAAAGGGACACAAGGUCUGGAUCUUCAGCCAUGGCACCAUCCAACCGGUCUGGACGAUCCUCCAUGAGUCCCCGUAAAAUGUCAGGGAACUCAAACUCUGACCUAAAGACAGCUCCAAAGGCAUGUCGGACCUCCACACUAGUUACACCGUCUCCAAUAGGCACACCUCAAAGACAGCCUCCUGAUGUCCAACAGAUGCCCCCUAUGCCAUGGUUAUUUGGUGACAGCACCAUGCUGGAGAUGAUUGAGAGAAAACAGCGUCUCUGUCGGGAGAUAAGGUCUCGUCAGAGGCUUCCUGACCGUAGCCCAUGCAAGAAAGAAAGCCUGCCUAACAUGCCCAGCUGGAGGAAAACCAAUGGGACGAAAAAGUACGGGCCACCCCCUUAUCCCACUCAGACCACUGUCUUCUGGGACACAGCCAUUUGACUUUUAACUCUUAUGAGCAUUAUAGGAUCCUGCUUCACCCUUUUUUAAUCAUCCAGGGCUGAAGCAGCCAAUCAGAGUGUGAUCCGACCAGAGGAUGGAUGGGUGGAUGUGGUCACCAUAGCAAUAUUUAAGAGGCUGGCUUUUAAGUGGUUUUCGUAUCAUUGGCGAUAUCUAAUAUUUUUAUACUCAAUGUGAUUCCUAAAUGACCAAGCACCAAUAGAUAUUUUCUAAAUGAAAUGGAAUAUCUUUGCAAAGUUUAUGUAGAGUUAGCCCAAUGCAAUUGUUGUUUUUCUACCUUUAUUUAUUUAUUUAUUUUUAAUUCACAAUACACAAUCAGUACCUUUGCAUCAAUAGUUUUUACUUGCCUUUCUAUUUCAAGACCUCUGGAAAUGACGUUUCUGUGGUAUUUUGCCACACUGAAUGAAGCCUAUUGUAAUACUGGAUGUUAUGGUGAUUGGACUAGGGCUAGCUUACUUCUUGCUGCCUUUCCGCACUUAGUAGACAAUUUAUUCGAAUGUGUAUUUAUUAAGUAAUAAAACAGAUUAAUAUUUCUUAUAGUCCUUCAAGAAGGACUUAAUUUAUAAUAUAUUUAUAAUACUUUUUUUUUUUUGGUCUUUGGCUUCUGUAGGCAUUUAAGUAGUUGGUUUCUGAAAGUAUUUCAGGUUUAAGGGCAGGUCAUUGCACAGAGUGCAAGAGGUAACAGUUUUCGGUGUGAUACACAAAAGGGCUCCUUUAAGAAGGGACCUUUUUUAACUGGACCUUAUUUGAUCUGUGUGUAUACUGUAUAUGGCAUGAAGAUCUGUAAAAAUGAGGGGCUACUCCCUCCUCUUUGGGUCUGUGGCAAUAGCUGGCAAGUGCCAGUGAAAAUCCUCCAAAGUGCACAACGAGGAUGGUCACCCAGAGAUUAAUGACAAUCUGGAAUUUCAAAGUUGUAUUUUUUGCCUCUUAGCAUUAUUUAAGAAGCGUGGACUGAUAAUUGUGACAUGAAACGAUAGGUUUUUUUGUGCAAUGGUCUUGUAUAGAAGGACUGUGCCAUUUUUUUAUCAUAAGUUAAUGGAGUAGAUUGAUUGGAUAAUUCAGACACAAAUACCUGUAUUAGCGACACAAACCAAUGACCAAUAGCUCUCAGCUAUUGUAAAUAUGUAGUACCCAUGGAUGCAUAGCCUGGUAACAGGGAUUAUGGCUGCAUAAACAAAGAGGCUGUACACAAGAGAGCAGCAAUUCCACAAUCCUCAAACCAUACAGUACUUGACUGGAUACCACAUCUGUCUCCCUCUACCUCUGAGAUCAGUUUAAGUGGUCAUUUGCACAACCAAUGCAACAUAUGCAUUGCCAAAGUACUUGGAUCUUGUAGUAAAUUCUCCACCCUCCCUCAUGUUUCCCUUAGGUGUCCUUGUUUGAAUCUGAUGCCUGUACAAAAAGUGUUGCCUUUCAGACCGGUUCUCACUGUAACUGGGUCACACUGGGUCGGUGAGAGGUCACAGAAAACUGUCAGGUAUAAUGUAUAGGGAUAGUGCAUCAGCAGCUAGUUAAUAAGCAUUUUGGAUUUGGGGGAGAAAUUUAAAUUGUUUGAGAGUGAACUGAUCUGAUCCUAGGUCAGAGGUAAAGGAGAGAACACCUAAAUGAGGGAGCACUUGGUAAACAGUCACAAAAACAUGGAGGUUCUGAGAUAUUGUAGCCUGUUCAUUUGUAUGUGUGCCAAGCUACACUGUAUGCAGAUCAACAAUAAAGAUGAUUGUUUGAAAUUCACUCUCUUGUGCCCAGAGGGUGCAGUUUGAAAUGUAACAAUGUACAAUCUCUUUGUAUGAAAAAAUGUGCACUGUGACAGGUAGAAAGCCUAUGUUCAUUGUCUUAUUGCACUGAGUGUUCUCUUAACUGUACAGUAAUGUUUGAAGAAAUGAUGCUGAUUGUCACAGGAGACUUUUCAAGAUAAAUAAAUAUGAACCUCAAUCUUCUGUGGAGAUGUUAGAUGUAUGAUGCCAUUUUUCAAAAAUAUCACA